UCAAGAGAACGACCACUGGGAGCGAACAGCAUUGGCCUCCAAGGGACAACAACAUCCAGACACAAUUGGUCCUUGCCUUUCCACAGCCAGUAUGUACCCUCGACACCAUUCUUGGAGAACAAUCAAGUAUACCAGGAUGACCAAGGCCGUACGGUUUCGGCAACAGACUCUCCAGGACUCAGCAUUGACGAUAUGAUACCAGUCAAAAGGCAAAGUAACAUUUGCAUACCAUCAACACCCCCAAGGAGAGCCGGCAGUAUUGCAAGCUUCACUGGACAACGACAACCAAACUCAAAUUGUUCUUGCAUUCUGACAGCCGAUACACAAGAGCAACAUCAUUCCAGGAGAAUGAUCAGGCUCGGCAGAAUGUCCAGAAGUGUCGACAGCAUGAUCCAGGACCCAGUACUGACAGUAGGGUACCAGUUAAAAGACAAAGGGUUGUUCAUAGACCAAAGAGAUGUCCAGGCAGGGUACAGAAGUAUCCAGAAGUCCAGAGAUCGGCAAAGCAUAUCCAUGGCCAGAGAUCGUGGAAUCGUAGCUUCGACACCAGAACCAGCAACACCACAGAUCAUUCAGUCAACUCUUCCACUCCGAUGUACCAUGGCCAAAAUGUUUUCCAGGACAAGGAUCGAUCAUGUUGUUGACAACGUAGAGACGGAGGCCAGACGCUAUUAUGAUUGCUAGCAACAGCAGUCGCGUUGGAUGGCUAUACUUCGGCUACAUCGGCGAGAGCUCCGUGGGGGCUCGCUUAAACCUCGCUUAAUUAUGCUUGGCCCGAUGCAACAUACUGAGGACAUUGAAAUACAAGGCUCUCUGGAUACGGUGGAGCACUUGCAUAGAAUACAUAGUGGGAGGUAGUCAUAGUAAUAUGG